CUCGCCUCUGCAGGAUGCCACACAAGAUUGGCUUUAUAGUCGUCAGCUCAUCGGGGCACGAAGAUGGCUUCAGUGCAAAAGAGCUGAUGGUCCACGCACCAACAGUGAACGGAUGGCGAUCACCAAGACUCUGUCAGUAUCCACAAGAAAUUGUUCUGCAGUUGGUGGAGAGAUGUCGAAUACGAAAGCUGCAGCUGCUUGCUCACCAGUACAUGAUCUCCAGCAAAAUUGAGUUCUUCAUCAGCGAAAGCUUGCCUGAAUACUUUGCUCCUUAUCAGUCAGAGAGGUUUCACAGACUGGGUUAUGUCCCUCUCUCCGACAAUGAGAAGACAGGCUUCAAAGCUCGAGAGUUAAAAUCUGUUUAUAUGGAUGCAGUUGGCCAGUACCUGAAGCUGAUUUUCCAUAAGAAUUAUGUCAAUAAAUACAACGUGUACAGUCAGGUUGCCCUGGUAGCUAUAAAUAUUAUUGGAGAUCCAGCAGACUACAGUAAUGACAGCAAUAAACACCCUUCCAGAGAGAAGCUGAUAGACCACUACUUAGGAAUUAAGUCGGAUGAUCCCGCCUUAGAUGGAACAUACCUAGGGAAGCCUGACUCCAUCUCACCUCUGGAUGAUUUGGCUUUUGACAUGUACCAAGAUCCUGAAGUUGCUCAGAUAAUACGCAGGCUAGAUGAGAAGAAACAUGAAGCUGUCCAUCAGGAAUGCUACGAUUAUGCCAAGAAACUCAAACAAGCUAUUGCAGACUUGCAGAAGGUAGGGGAACGACUUGGACGGUACGAGGUGGAGAAACGCUACGCUGUAGAGAAAGAGGAUUAUGAUCUUGCUAAAAAGAAAAAGCAACAAAUGGAUGCGUACCGCCUGAAAGUGUAUCAGCAGCUGCAGCUCCACAACCUUCUGGAUGCAGAGCUGAUGACUCGAAAGCCACCUGAACUGCCUGUGGAGGCUGUGAUUUAUGAUGACAGUCUUCAGCGCACUAAGGCUGCAAAUUCACCUACUUGUAAGAUCACAGAACUGCAGACUUCACAGGGAGAGCUGUGGAAAGCAGAGUCUUUGCUGGAAGAGAAGCCAGCAGAACCUAUUUCUCCUGAGCCUGUUUUUCACCAUCAGUCUACUUCUCCCUCUGUGUCUCAUCCCACAACCUCCAGGGAAGUGUUUGCUCAAGAAGAGGUUGAAUUUUUACCUUAUGAUGAGAGACCUGUCCCAGCCAUCCAUAAAUACUCAGAGGAAACAAUCCGAUACCUUGAGCCAGAGAAGACUGAGGGGGACGUCAGUAAUACUCCAAGUGGCGUUACUGGGGAACCAGAACCACUGAGUGAGAAGGCACUGAGGGAGGCCAGCCCUGCCAUUGAAGUGUUUGGAGAAGCUUUGGUCUCUGGAGCAUAUUCCAAAAGCUGGUCAUAUCGAGAGGAUGCAUUACUGGCUGUUUAUAAGAAGCUGAUGGAAAUGUCAGUGAGCACUCCAAAGGAGGAUUUAAAGAACAUGCUGAGGGCUGCUAUUUUUCUUGUGAGAAAAGCCAUAAAAGACAUAGUAUCUUCAGUUUUUCAAGCUUCCCUGAAACUUCUAAAAAUGAUCAUCACACAAUAUGUACCAAAACAUAAACUGGGAAAGCUGGAAACUUCUCAUUGUGUGGAAAAAACACUUCCAGGUUUGCUUUCUAGAACAGGAGACUCUUCAUCCCGCCUUCGCCUUGUGGCUGCUACAUUCAUUCAGGAAAUGGCACUGUGGAGCGAAGUUAAACCUCUUCAGAUUGUUCCAGUUCAUUUGGUUCAGCUGUUAAAACCGAAUUCCCCAACACAUCUGGCCAUGAGUCGAGUGGAAUUAGUUGAGUGCCUCUUGAAAGAGAUGGGAACUGAAGACUCAGGGUUUACCAUCAGCAGUGUCAUGAAGUUUGCAACGGGAGCUUUGGAGCACAGAGUUUUUGAAGUUCGUGACGUAGCACUGCGAAUUAUCUUUGAUAUGUACAGGAAACACAGAGCUGCCAUCCUGGAAUAUCUCCCUCCUGACGAUGCAAGCAUUCGCAAGACCGUUCUCUAUAAAACACUCUUUGAUGGAUUUACUAAAAUAGAUGGUAAACUUUCCGAAGCUGAAAUGAGGGCACAAAAAAAGGCAGCAACAGAAGAGGCUGAGAGUCAGCUGGCAGCUCUGAAGGAGAUACAAGCAGAAGUUCAAGCUGGAAAGGAAAAAGAGUCUGAUUUCCAGAAGACAAAAGAUCAAGGUUAUAGAAGCCCACAGCCUGCAGCAGUGGAGAUUCCAGAUGAUCAUUCCUCUGUUGCAAAUUACUUGGAUAAUCUGUGCAUUUUUUGUGGUGAAAGGAAUGAAUCCUUCACAGAGGAAGGACUGGAUCUCCAUUACUGGAAGCGCUGUCCUAUGUUAACCAGAUGUGAGCACUGCAAACAGGUGGUAGAAAUAGCAAGUCUGACAGAGCAUUUGUUGACUGAGUGUGAUAAGAAGGACAGCUUUGGGAAAUGCCAGCGAUGCAGCGAAGCCUUUCCAAAGGAUGAGUUGCCCAAACAUAUAAAGAGCAAAACUUGCAACGCUGCCAAGCCUGAAAAUGUGGCAAACCAUUGCCCAUUGUGCCAUGCCAACUUUUCUCCUGGAGAGGAGGCCUGGAAGUCACACCUCAUGGGCGCGGAUGGCUGUGUAAUGAAUCUACGAAGGUUACCCACCAUAAAUAAAACUAUUCCAAUGCAGCCUGGCAGAACAGGAGGCCAAUAUUUGAAGAAACCGAGUCCUGCAAGACCCAAAGUUCAACCUCCCUCCAUAGGAAGCAAGAUCCCAACGCCGAGAGGAGGCCUGAAUAAAAGCUCAGGCAAAACACACACAAAGCAAUGACAGGACGAGCACCGUGGUUUGUAUUUCUUGUUUAAUUAUUAGGCACAUCAUUAGCGAUGGCGGUUUAGAAACUCCGAGCAGCUCAGAUCUUUAAUAUAGGAAUACCUGAGGUUGUGUGUAGCACUGCAGGGAGGGCGGUUCAGUUGGUUAAAUACCACCUCCAUAAGGCAGAAUCCAUCCUUACCUGUCAGUGCAAUGAAAGAAAAGAGCAGAGGGGAUGUAAUGCAGGCAAAGAAAGCGAUGAGGGCUGUUUGCUCCCCCUUUUGCUGUUGCUGUAGUGGUCACAUCCAGCUUAGCUGCUGUGUCAGGGUGUGCAGGGAUCCCAGUGGCUGAGGGCAGCUCAGUGCUGUCAUUUAUGCUGUCAAGGAUCGAAUCCGUGCUGCUGCUUUGUAUCCACAACACUCAUUUUGUAACCCACUUGUGUGCAUCCUGCCUACUAGAGACCCUUUAUAUACAUUCAAACUCUUCCAAAUAUAUUAUAUAUAUAUACAUA